GUAAGGGCUUAUUUUUUUUCAUUUAUUCAGUUCUUCAUUCAUUAUUGAAAGACUAUUUGCCCCAACACUAUAUGACUCUAGAAGGAUCUGGUUUUUGCUUAAAGUCUACCUUGAAUAGUUUUUCUGUCUCAUCCCUUGCUGUCACCUAUUACUCUUUGCUGUUCUCAGGUCAACUAGCCAAUGAUAAUAAUUUCUCUCCUUUGUUUUCAUUUACUAGUUGUAAUCUACUGUAGCCUUGGCUAAAGUUAAUUAACAAGCAUUCAUUAAGCCUGCAGUGUACAAGGCCAUGGAGAUAAUACAAAGACAAAAGUGACAGUCCCAGUCUUCGAGAUGUUUUCAUUCUUCUAGGAGGAUUAAUAUGUUCCACAGUUGUAUGUGAGCCAUGUAGAAAAUAAUACACUAACUUGGAGAGGGAGCACUAAUAAUUGGGGGAAUCAGGAGAGACUUCUUGUAGAAGGUGGCAUUUGAACUGAGCCAUGAAUGAAGUUAGGAGUUUCAAAAUCCAAAAGUAAAGAGAAGAUUUCAGGAAUGGAACUUAGCUUCUACCAAGCAUAGAGAGGUUUUAUCUUUGGGGAACAAUAAGUGUCCCCAAUUUGGCUGGAGCUUGGAGGAUAUGAAGAAAAGAAAGAUGAACUCAACCUUGAGAGACAGAUUGGGGCCAGGUUGUGAAGAACUUUAAAUGCCAGAGGAACUUGUAUUUUAUCCCAAAGAAAAAGAAGAGUCACUGAAGUUUUUCCAGCAGAGAAGUGACAUGAUUUUUAACAAUUUUUCUUUGGCAGUUUUGAAGAAGAGAGAGGCUGAAUGGAAGAAGACCAAUAAGGAGUCCCUGGCAAUCAUCCAGACAAGAGUUGUCAUGGAUGAUGAUGACGACUCGUGUCUCCUUGAUCUUAUUGGAGACCCACAGGCAUUGAAUUAUUUUCUACAUGGACCUAGUAGCAAAUCUAGCACUGAUGACUUGACUAAUGCAGGGUAUUCUGCAGCCAACUCAAAUUCAAUUUUCGCCAAUUCUAGCAAUGCUGAUCCUAAGUCAUCCCUCAAAGGUGUGAGCAGCCAGCUUGGAGAAGGAUCUAGUGAUGGACUCCCACUUUCAAGUAGUCUUCAGUUUCUUGAAGAUGAACUUGAAUCCUCUCCUCUUCCUGACCUCAGUGAGGACCAACCUUUUGACAUUCUGCAGAAGUCCUUGCAGGAGGCCAAUAUCACUGAACAGACUUUGGCAGAAGAGGCUUAUUUGGACGCCAGUAUAAGUUCUAGCCAACAGUUUGCACAAGCUCCACUUCAUCCUUCUUCAUCAGCAUCCUUUACUCAGGCUUCUAAUGUUUCUAAUUACUCAGGUCAGACGCUGCAGCCUAUAGGAGUGACUCAUGUGCCUGUUGGAGCAUCGUUUGCAAGCAAUACAGUGGGUGUGCAGCAUGGCUUCAUGCAGCACGUGGGGAUCAGCGUGCCCAGCCAGCAUUUGUCUAAUAGCAGUCAGAUUAGUGGUUCUGGUCAAAUACAGCUCAUUGGUUCAUUUAGCAAUCAGCCUUCCAUGAUGACCAUUAAUAAUCUAGAUGGAUCUCAGAUCAUAUUGAAAGGCAGCGGUCAGCAAGCAUCCACAAAUAUGAGUAGUGGACUCCUGGUUCAUAGACAGACUCCUAAUGGCAACUCAUUGUUCGGAAACUCCGGUUCAAGUCCAGUAGCACAGCCUGUAACUGUUCCAUUUAACAGCACAAAUUUUCAGACAUCUUUACCUGUGCAUAACAUUAUCAUACAGAGGGGCCUUGCACCAAAUUCAAAUAAAGUCCCAAUUAAUAUCCAACCAAAGCCUAUUCAAAUGGGUCAGCAAAACACAUACAAUGUGAACAAUUUGGGUAUUCAACAGCACCAUGUGCAACAAGGAAUUCCUUUUGCCCCUGCAAGCUCACCCCAGGGCUCAGUAGUGGGUCCACAUAUGUCUGUGAACAUUGUAAAUCAACAGAACACAAGAAAAUCAGUUGCCUCACAAGCAGUGAACAGCACGGGGGGUAGUAUUGUCAUCCACUCACCCAUGGCACAGCCUCAUGCACCCCAAAGUCAGUUUCUCAUUCCCACAAGCCUUUCUGUCAAUUCAAACUCAGUACACCACGUCCAAGCCAUCAAUGGGCAACUUCUUCAGACUCAGCCUUCCCAGCUGGUGUCUGGUCAGGUGGCUUCCGAGCAUGUCAUGCUGAACAGGGGUUCCUCUAAUAUGCUUAGGACCAACCCAUCAUAUUCGGGGCAAAUGCUAAACAACCAGAAUACCGCUGUCCAGCUGGUGUCUGGGCAGACAUUUACAGCAUCUGGUAAUCAAGUGAUAGUCAAUCACACAGCACCUCAGAUUGUUGGUGGACAGAUGCCCUUGCAGCAGGCAUCACCAACUGUGUUACAUUUGUCACCUGGCCAGAGCAACGUUUCUCAAGGAAGGCCUGGCUUCCCGGGACAGUCUGCUGUCACAAGUGUUUCUGCCCCCGGUCGGUUCACGGUCGUCAGCUCCUCCAGCACAGCCCUUCCCAGCCUUGGGCCCUCAGUCCAGUCAACAUCUGCAACAAACUUUAAUGGAGACCAGCUUCCUCAGCCCAACCGGACUCCAGGGCCAGCCAGUGUGUCUCAUCGUCUUCCAGUUUCCUCAUCCAAAUGUACUGGCACCUUCAAUAGCACCCCAGGAGUAGGGACCCAGCCCCAGGUCUCCUUUUGCCAGGCUCAGAAAAAAAGCUUGAACCAGACUUCCCCCGUUUCAACUUCCAAGACCCCAGAUGGCUUGAGACAAACGCAAAUAACUGGUCUCUUGAGUAAUCCAUUGCCAGGGCAGGAUUCUGGAAGCAAAGUUAUACAGCCACCUUUAGGAACACCACAGCCACAACAGGAAAAAGGAGUGGGUUCAUCACCAGGACAGCAAAAUUUACAGGUGGAUAGUCACACAGUGGGACAAAAGAGACCGGCUACAAAACAGCUAACUAAAGGAGCUUUUAUUCUUCAGCAGUUACAGAAGGAUCAGACCCAUGCUGUGACACCAGAUAAAAGCCAGUUCAGGUCACUAAAUGAUGCGGUCCAGAGACUCCUUUCUUAUCAUGUGUGUCAGGGAUCCCUGCCAACUGAAGAGGAUUUGAAGAAAGUGGAUAGUGAAUUUGAAUCAGUUGCUACUCAACUCCUCAAAAGGACCCAAGCUAUGCUUAACAAAUAUAGAUGUCUGCUUAUAGAAGAUGCCAUGCGGAUCAAUCCUUCUGCUGAGAUGGUGAUGAUUGACAGGAUGUUUAAUCAAGAAGAAAGAGCUUCUCUUUCCCGAGAUAAACGCCUGGCCCUUGUAGAUCCUGGAGUUAGAGUCAUGGAAUACUAUCGUCUUCAAUCUGACAUCAGUCCAUUCGUCACCACUUUUGGGCCCUGUGGGAAUCAGUUAAGCCAUUUCCAUAGGCACGUAACUGUACUAUCAUCUGGUACAUAACAUAAAAGCAAAUAAAUAAUCUUGCCAAAAUCUAGCUAUAUCUAUGAAAUUCUUCCGACCUACUAGUUUAGUAACCAGUCUAAAAAAAAGUAUUUAAACUAUGUAGCUCCUUAUGUGAAAAUGGCAAGAUUUAUUCUAACUAAACAUGACAAUUUUUAAUGAUCAACAUUUCCCUUUUAAAGUACAGUACUAGAACAUCCAUUUAACAGUUUAUUCUAGAAUUUUGUUAGGAAUUGAAAUAAAGAUAAUUAUAAUGUAAUAGUUUAUUACCCUUUUGAAAAUUGGAAUAACAUUGUCCUAUAACAUUUCUUCAUUUUCCAUAGUCUUUAAGAGAUGAUUACCAAUUCAUCUAUAGAUGUAGUUUGUCUAUGCUUAAUGACUUGAUAUCAUUUAGAGCAAGCAGAUAUUCUCAGUCUUCCACUGAUCUUGAGUUUCUAUUCCCUAUUAACAAUUUUUGUUAAUUUUUCCCAUUCUAAAGGUUAUUGUCCUUGAUUGGGAAAAUAGAAGCAAGGUUAUCUUCUUGUAAUCAGAUAUCAUCACUACAUCCAGUCCCAAAUAUAGUCUAUCCUAUUCCUUUUUGGAUAUUUUUGUUUCCAACAUAACUAAAAAGCAUUUUUGCAAGCAUUGGUUAAUUUGAGAUGUUAGCCUUCUUGAUAGGUCUUACCAAAUGAUGACACUUUUAUAUUUGGCCUAGUCUUAUGUUUUUAAAAUCUAAGGUCAUAACCUUUGUAGUCAUAUUGAACUCUUUAGACAGAUCCUUUUUCUUUAUCCUUUGGAGUCAUUUGUGUUGACAUCACUGCAAUCUUCUUGAGUGUGUUCCAUCUCUCUUAAGCCGCGUCAUAAGGAGACCAUGGGACAGUGGAAAAGGUACUAUCUUUGAAGUCAGGGGACCUGAGUUCAUAUCCUGCCUCAUUACCUAUGUGAUCUUGAGCAAGUCAUUUCCUGGACCAGAGUUUCCUCUUUUAUCUUAAAUGUUGGCAUUAGUCCCAAAGACCUCUGAUAUCUUUUUAAGAGUGGGCUCUAUAAUCCUGUGCUCUUCUCCUUUGAGAACUCAGCCUGUGGGCUCCUCCCUCACUCUCCAAACACACUGGAAUCCACUCUUCCACCUGCUAAGAUACACGUCAAAAUAUUUGGCAGGAACAGAGCUUCCUUCCUCUGUCAUCACAUGUCACCAAGGUUUCUCAUCAUAACUAGUUUGCCAACCAUUUCCUCUUCUAUUAAGUCAGAAUUAUUCAUUCUGACCACAGACCUCCUGAUCACUUCCUCUGUCCUCUGUAAGAUUAACUAUUUCAGCAAGGCAGGUACGUACCAGCUACUCUUCAGUUAGCAGAAACCAGUCUCCAGAAAAGAUGUAAAAGGUCCCAUCACAAAUGUAUCUUCCUUCCAUAUUGUCUUCAAUCCAUAACUCAUUUUCCGUUUCUUCCUUUGUUGGGGUGUUCUGAGGCAUAUGCCUAUUUGCCUUAUCAGGAUCACUUCUGUUGCUCCCUCCUUGAUUCAAAUUUUAUGCACCAUGCUUCCCCACUCAGGUUUGUAGAUGUACACUUGAAAAUACACGUGCCUGAUUUACAGUAUAUUCUCCAUUGUUCCUUUCAUUCUCUUCUUUUUGAAUGAAAAUGAUCAUUUUCAUUGCUGUACUUCAGUCUGACAUGUGCUAAGACUCAGUGAUACCAGUGAUACCUCCUGCACACUGGAAAUUGAAUUGACAUGAGCUUUAUUAUUCAGUCUAAUAAACAUUUGUCAAGCACUGAUUAUGUGCCAGGCACUGUGUUUUGUAUUCCUGGGAAUACAAAAAGAGGCAAAAGACUCUCUCUGCCCUAAGGAGCUUACAGACUAGCUGAAAAGACAACUUGCAAACAAAUAUAUACAAAUAUAUUCACAAAACAAAUAUAUAGAGAGGAUAAAUAAUUAACAGAGGGAAAGCACUGGAAUUAAAAGGGCUUUCUUUGAAAAGUAGAAUUUUAUUUGGGACUUACAGGAAGUCAGGUAGGGUAGGUGGAAGGCAGGUGUUCCAGGCAUAGAGAAAAGGUCGAAAAAUGCCAGAGCCAAGAGUGUAUUGUUCAUGGAACAGCCAGGAGGUCAGUGUCAUUGGAACAGAGAGUAUGUGUUAGGGAAUAAAGUGUGAGAAGACUGGAAAGGAAGGAAGGGGAUAGGUUAGGAAGGGCUUUCAAAAUGACAACUCUAGAGGCACUAGAGUUUGAGAGGAGAAAUGUGUGAUGUGGUUGGACAUAUGCUUUAGGAAAAUCACUUUGGUGUCUGAGUGGAGGAUAUUUUGCAAUAGAGAGAACCUGGAGAUAGUCAUACCCACCAGCAGCCUAUUUUCAUAAUCCAGUUACGAGGUAAUGAGAAACUGCAAAAAGAGUGCAGAGAAGGGGACAUAUUCCAUAGGGUUUGACAACAGCUUGAUAUGGGAGGCUAAGGGAGAGAGGGACCUAGGAUGGCUUCUAGAUUCUAAGUCUCAAGGACUGGGAGAAUGGCAUCACCCUCUCCAGUAAUAGGGAAGUUACAAAGGGUGAGGAGGGACUUUAGAGAGAAAGAUAAUGAGUUGUUUUUUGGAUAUAUUGAAUUUGAGAUGUCUACUGGAUCCAGCAAAGGAGACUGAGAAGAAAUGAUCACAUAAGUAUGAGGAAAACCAGGAGAGAAUGGUAUCCUGAACACCUAGGAAGAAGAGAAUAUUAAAGAGACAGUGAUCAACAGUGACAAAGGCUAAAGAAAGGUCAAGGAGAAUAAGGCUUAGAAAAGGCCAUUAGAAUUGGCAACUAAGAGAUCAUUAGUCACUUUAGAGAAUAGUUUCCAAUGGAAUGACAGGGUGGAAAGCAAGAUUGUAAGGGGUUAAGUAGAAAAAGUGGAGGCACUUUUAGAUGAUAAUGUUCUUUCUGCUUAUAUCUCCUAUGAAUUACCAUGAAUUUUCUUGCACUUCUCUGUAUACCAACCUUAUAAUAUUUGAUUAGCAUGUCAUGAUCAGUUUUCUCAGUGCUCCAUUUUUAGUUUAAAAUCCUUUCCAUAGAUGCAAAACUUAAAGCAAAUAUAUAUGUUUUCUUUCCUCUUCCCUCUCUGCCUGCCUAUUUGUUUGUUUUCUGGCUAAUAGCCUGUAGUUCUUAUUAAGCCAUGGUUUGUGGUUUUUCUUAAAUAUUUGCAACAGAUUAAUACUAGCAAUGCUUUCAAAGUGUUUUUGAGCAUUAUUGAGCACACAUAUGAAGAAGGAACACAUCAUAGUACAACAGUUUAUGUUGGAAGACUGGAAUCAAAUCUCAGCUAUCCUAACAGUAACAUGCUCUUUAAAACUCUGAAUAAUAAGAGGGUUAGACGAGGCAAUCUCCAAGGCCCUUUCAGCUCUAAAACUUAGUGAAUUUUUGCAACAAACCCUUGAGAAUAGGUACUCAAGGUACAGAUAAAAAAAAAAUUGUUUUCCCUUUGUUUUUAUCUCAAUCAUUUCCAAAUCUGUCCACUUUCCCCAACUCCUCCAAGUUUCUGAGAAGCAUCAUCUUGUUACAAAGGAGAGGAAAAAAUCUGUUAAGCUAAAUUAAAUAAAAUAUUACCUCAUUAACUGACUAUGCAUAUGGCAUUAUACACCCAUCUAGUCUCAGCCCCUUUUAACAAAAGCAAUAAGAUGAGAUAUAUUUAUUUAUCACUUCUCCAAGUCACAGUUUGGUUUAUAUCAUAAUUGUAUGUAUGUUGUUCAACUUUGUUUUCUGUUCAUUUACAUUAUAGUAACAAUUGUGUGUGUGUGUGUGUGUGUGUGUGUAUUUUUUAAUCUAUUGCUUUUUAAGUUUACUUUGCAUCAAAUUUGUUCCAUGUUUUACUGAAUUCCUUAUGUUUGUCUUAUUUUGUGGCACAAUAAUCUAUUAAAGUGACAUGCUUGAAAUUUGUUUAGCUAUUUCCUUUUUUUCCCCCUGAGGCAG